CCACUCCUUUUUUUUUUUUUUGUUGAUUUUGUUUUUUAUUCCAGCUCCAGAUGAACUGGUCACAGUGCCAUGCUGUAGCCAGAGAGGAGAUGAAGACGGAUCCCUGAUCAUGAUGGUCAAAGCUUGUAGAAGAAGGGAGGUCAAUCUUUGCCUUCCGAAGUACGGUGCCAUCUUCCUGUUACUGGCUGUGUUUGUCUUAACCUUUAUACUACGUAACAUGGAUUUACAGGAGCAUAAAGUGAACUCCACAGUGAUACUUGCGAGAGUUUCCACUGACCAAUACAUGCAUCACGGCUUCUGCACCUUCCGACCACUGUCCAAUGAGGACGCUCUGGAAGAAGACCUCAUACUAGACUCCAUUGCUUGGCCUGAAGCUCCAGCUCUGGUUUCUCUGGAGCAGACCAGCGAUCCUUCCCACAGCACCUUCACAAUUCCCCCAAAGAAGGGAGGAGGACAGUGGCAUGUAGGAGAUCAGCUGGAGGUUAUGAUCCAAAUGUAUGACUUCCAGGGCCAACCCAAGAAGUCUGGAGGAGACUUCUUAGUCGCCCGUCUGCACGACCAGGCUCUAGGUGCAGGUGUGGCUGGGCAAGUGGUGGAUCAUCUCAAUGGCUACUAUUCUGCUGUGUUCACUUUACUCUGGGAGGGAAGCGCGGAGGUUGAGGUGAUGCUAAAAGCUAUCAUGUUCAAUGUGGUUGUGACGCUGGUUCACCCUAGUGAGGCCAUCACAGUGCUGCAAAGACUGAACAGCGAACAGCCAGACAGGAUUUACUUCCAAAGCGUCUUCCACUCAGGCUCGGUGUCUGAGACUGCCACCUGUAACGUAUGCCUGCAUCCAACCCAUAAGCCGUUAUGCAACUACACUGACCUCCAUACAGGUGAGCCGUGGUUCUGCUACAAGCCAAAGACGCUGAGCUGUGAUGCCAGGAUCAACCACUCUAGAGGAGGAUUUACAAAAAACCUCAAGGACAAGGAGGAGAAGCUCUUUCAAAAUAAUGUCAACAUGAAAGUCUCCAUUCAAGCCUCACAAUCUGCCAAUGUCACCGUAUGGUCCAACAAGACAGAAGGGAAGAACAGUAGUGUGAAGUAUGGACAUUCUGGCUAUUACUACCAAGGAGAGUGGCGAGCACUUGGUGGACCCACAGUUCGCCAAUUCAACACCUCCUCUGCCAUCAGUCAGUGUCUGAAAGGCAAAGCGGUCCACCUGUACGGGGACUCCACCAUCAGGCAGUGGUUUGAACACCUCAACGAAGCGCUACCAGAUCUCAAAGAGUUCAAACUACACAACCUGAAGCAAGCUGGACCUUUCAUGGCCUUUAACUAUGCAAAAAACAUCAUGGUGACGUACCGCUGCCAUGGUCCUCCUAUACGUUUCGGCACUGUUCCAACCAGCCAGCUCCGUUACAUCGCCAAUGAACUAGAUGGCUUAACCGGAGGCAGCAACACCAUCGUGGUUCUUGGCAUCUGGUCUCACUUUAGCACUUUCCCCAUCGAGGUGUACAUCCGGAGGAUGCAGAGCAUCCGCAGGGCAGUGCUGCGGCUGUUGGACAGGGCUCCAGAAACGCUGGUCAUCAUCCGGACUGCAAACCCGAAAGCGUUGACACUUUAUGAGACGCUGACCAACAGCGACUGGUACUCGCUGCAGCGCGACAAGGUGCUCAGGGCUGUGUUCAAAGGAUUGAAUGUUCGUCUGGUGGAUGCUUGGGAGAUGGGCCUGGCCCACCACCUGCCGCACAGCCUCCACCCACAACCUCCCAUUAUAAGGAAUAUGAUUGAUGUUCUCUUGUCCUACGUAUGUCCUCAAAAUGAUGGAUAGAUGUGUUUGUUGGGAAGGAAGAUUCAAAUGCACACUUGAUCAUCAUUCUGCUGGCCUUGGCCGAGUAAGGUGCAGGAGGUCUCCAGGUGCGCCAGUGAAGGCCAGAGGCCCAACCGAUGUCACCAGCAGGAUGCCAUCUGAUGAGGCACAGUCAUCUUCAGCAAUGUCACCAAAGAUGCACGGGGAGCAGCCGUCCUUGUCACGAUCAACGGUGCUGAAGCUGUAAGCCAUUCUGGUCGAUGCCUGGAUAGGUACCACGGAUGCCGUCACCUUUAAACAAAAUUUGGAACAAUUUGGUCUGGAGUUACAAGAUGACGAAACAAAGAAUUUCCCAAUAAACAAAAGUACUUAGUAUUGUCAGUUCAGCAAAGUUGUGUUCAUCAAUAAACUUUCAGCUUCUCAUUUUUAGGAUGAAAAUUAUGUCAUUUCUUCUUUCAUUUGAAAGCAGCUGUGUGAAGCAUUUUAUCACUACAAACUGUCAGUCUCCAGCUGCUCUCCACUCACUGUGUAUCAGAGUUGGAUUUGAAGCUGCUGGAUUGCUUUACACCACAAAACAGAAAGAGGGCGCUGUUGUUUCAGAAAACAGCUGAAGCCGGCAGAGUUGGUGCUGACCUGGGAAAAUCACUUCUAAUGUGCAUCAUUGACUUGUAAGUUUAAUUUACACUCACUCAGAACAUUGAAAAGAGCACACAAAAAUUAUGAAUAAAAUUCAAAUAAAUAGAAUAUUUGUGUUUGUAUAAAAAAGGGACAGUGAGGAAAGCUAAAGAGCAGCAGUUAAAACGGCUGCAGUACCUGUGUUUCCACUGUAUUUGCCCACAUGCAGUUUGAAAGCUGUGUCCUCAUCUCCCAGUCUAAAGUCGUGGUACUCAGCGAAAGCAGUGCCACCUUCAUGGUCCCACAAGUCCACCCUAAGGGUCCACUUCUUGGUCUUGUCCUUGGUCACAGAGGAAACCUUCUCCAGACCGAGCCAGUGGUCCUCUGAGGGAAUCAGCAGAGCAUUGCCAUGACAUGUAUAUGCACCAAUUUCCACAAACAAACUAUGUACCAAAGAGUUUGGCCCUUUACAAAACAACAGUUAUCUGACUAAACUGACACCUGCUUCAACCUGGGAGAUUCAGGAAAUCACUAACCAAAGUAGAAUCAGAUGAGGCAGACUGAGAGAAGGGAAUAUUGCCAUAAAACUUCCACACUGAAGCCCAGUUGGUAAUAAGACCGUUUCUGGAAAUACUAUGAGUUUUUAUUCACAAGGCUGUGAAGAAGUCUCCAAUCAGUAGUCACAUGAUCACACCUGAGGCAGGGAGGGAGGAUAGAUGAACCACUCCUGCCUGGAAAGGAACCGCCCUCCUCAGGUGAACCACUUAACCAAUAUGAGAGGUCAUAUACACCUCUUUCCUUCCUUUUUCUUUUUUUUUAUUUCUUUAUUAACCUCAGUUAUGGUGGGUGUACGUCCUGGCAUAAACCACACACACGUCAAAAAGAAAUUUGAAAAGAAAUGAAAUAAAAAAGCUCAGCAUUCAUGAACCUUGGAUUCCAGCUUCAUCUAUGUGUCUCAAACACACUCAGCCGACCCCAUUAGCCGCUAGACUUGAAGCAGCUAACUGUCUACCUCUGAGAGAUAACCUGUGCUUUGGGUUCAGUGAAAUGUGAGCCGUUAUCUGCUGGUGUUAGAGGCUAAAAGGAGAGUUACAUGUGUAACUAUGGUUCUAUGAGUUCUGGAUGACUGUCAGAUGUUUAGGCAUUAAAACUGUUGGAAUAGGAGUCAACUGUUUGAUGGAGCUCUCAGGAGAAACUUGGCAACUUGUAAAGCUGGAAAAUGUUAAGUGACCAUAUAUUUAUAAGAUCUUUGUUGAUCAGUGACUGAUCAAUAUUUUCAUUGAACAAGGACCAUGUAAGGCCACUGCAGGAUGUAAAUAAUGGCUGCCAGGCACAUUAUUUA